AUGGGUCUCUUGAGCAUCAUCAGAAAACAAAAGAUCAAGGACCAUGAAAUACGGGUGUUGGUUUUGGGACUCGAUAACUCGGGUAAAACCUCCAUUAUCAAACGCUGGAAACACGAAGACUGGUCUACGAUAUCUCCCACUAUGGGGUUUGAAAUCAGCACGCUUCAAUACCAGGACUUCACAUUGAACUUGUGGGACAUUGGCGGGCAAACAAGUCUUCGUACCUUCUGGGGUAACUACUUUGAUAAGACAAAUGUGGUGGUUUGGGUUGUAGAUUGUAUGAGUAUGGAGCGCAUUCAAGAAUCCUACGAAGAGUUACGAGACAAAGUGAUACAACAAGAUAGACUAGUUGCAGUGUCACUUCUCAUAUUAAUGAACAAAAUUGACAUGCUACAAACGAAUAAAGUGGAGGAAACCAAGAAACAAAUCGUGGGUCUUCUCGAGCUCGAGUCGCAGCUUCCACUGGAAAAGUGGCAAAUAAUCGCAGUGAGCGCUGUCACGGGACAGGGAGCGGAGACGGCCCUUGAGUGGAUUAUCGGUCAAGAAUACGAGCCAUAA